CGCGGCAAGUUUGACUGGGAUGGCGGCGGUGGGGAGCCCGGCGGGGGUGACGCCGGGAGCGGAGGGAGCUGCUGAACCGGACGGGAGCGCGGGGGCUACGGGCGCGAGGCCUAAAGGUGGAAGAGUUGUGAAGGCUCGCUACCUUCAAUAUGAUAGAAAACCUGUGGGGAAGCAGAGUAUCUCAGCAAAUUCCUCUGUAGUUUCUGGUGUAAAAAGAUCUGAAAAAGGGGAAACCCCAACUGGAAGAGCAGGUCUUUUUCAGAAAUGCAAAGCCACCACAGGCACUGCCACUAGCACACUAAAUCGUACUGUCUUGGGAAAAGAUGACUUGCAAUCCACUUUAUUAGAGGGUCAUAAAAUUGCUCGACCUGACCUGGAUCUCUCAGCUAUUAAUGACAAAAGUCUCUUAAAAAAGAUUCCUGGCUCAAAGUCUCUCUUCAGAGCAGAGUCAAGAACACGAAAAAAAGAGCAGAAUUCAAAAUCUUCUGAUCCUGAUGAUGUGAUUGGGAUGUUGGAAUCUCAGGCAUUGCUAUUAAACUAUGCAUCAAUGAAGAUAGAAAAAAAUAUUGCCCAGCUGGAGGAGAAAGGUGAAAGAAACUUAUCAAUAUUAUGUGAAGAAAAGGAAAAACAGCAAAAAAAGCUAUAUGAGCUGAAACGCCAACUAUUGCUCAAGAAGAGAGAACAGAAGCUUGAAGAAGUGCUGGAUAAACAGGUUGAAGUCCUUACUCCUCUUCUUACUGUCUGUGAACAGUUUAAGGAAGAGUAUAAAACCUUUGCAGCUGCCCUGGAUACCACUAGACAUGAGCUUCCUGUGAAGAACAUUCACAUAGAAGGAAAUAGACACACACAUUUGGAGGACUUAAAAAAGCAUUUAGCUGUCACACAAAGUCUUUUGGUGGAAGCUGCACCUGGCUACUUGGAAGAAAAUUCAAAGGCAUUCCCGGUACUGAAAGAACUUAAGGAAGUUGCUCUCAAAAUGGAUGCAGAACUUGAAAGGAGCUUCAAGCAAGUACAGGACCUGUCUUUUGAAAUCAGUAAGGAAGUUUCUUUGCAUAACCAAAAAGUCUGUGAAGACACCCAUGGAAUAGAGACCCUGCAACACUGGGGCUAUCUGAUAGCAGCACCUUCUGUUUUCCGAUCAGGCAUAGAGGAAGCUGUUAGUGUGACCAUCUUUAACUCAAUCAAGGAAACAACAGUCCAGAUUCAGCUAGUGGUCAAAGGAGAAACAGUGGCACGAGGCCAUGGAGCAGUUCUGGAUAAAGGGACAAUCAAGCUUAAGGUGCCUUCAGGGCUUCGUGGACAAGCACAUUUAAAAGUUUGGGGAAACCGGCACCUAACGGAGGAAGGUUACAUCUUUCAUAACUAUACCACAGUAACCAUAGAUAGCAAAGGGACAUCGGUGUUCAUCCAGACUGACAAGCCUGUCUAUAAACCCAAGCAGAAAGUGCUGAUAAACCUUUUUAUGGUCACUUCUGACCUGCGACCGAUCAAUGAGAAGAUUGAAGCCUAUAUAGUCGAUCCUCGGGGGUCUCGGAUGAUAGAAUGGAGCAAUCUGAAGCCAUUUUGUUGUGGUAUUGUAAAUAUGAGUUUCCCUUUGUCUGAUCAGCCAGUAUUUGGCGAGUGGUUUAUUUUUGCUGAAAUGCAAGGGCAUGCAUACAACAAAUCCUUUGAAGUUCAGAAAUAUGUGUUACCAAAAUUUGAGCUAUUGAUUGAUCCACCUCUCUAUAUCCGAGAUCUUGCGACUUGUGAAAAGGGAACUGUCCAUGCCAGAUACACAUUUGGGAAACCAGUGACAGGAAAGUUAACUGUCAACAUGACUAUAAAUGGAGUCGGGUACUACCGGCAUGAAGUGGGACACCCUGUCCUCAAAACCAUAGAGAUUGAUGGCUCUGCUGUUUUCGAUGUGUGUGUGAGAGACAUGAUGCCAGCUGAUGUCCCAGAGCAUUUCCGAGGCACGGUCAAUAUUUGGGCCACUGUGACCAGUUCUGAUGGGAGCAAGCAGGUCACAUUUGAUGACUCAACGCCUGUUCAGAAACAGCUGAUUGACAUCAAGUAUACUAAGGAUACUAGGAAGCAGUUCAAACCUGGCCUACCCUACAAAGGGAAGGUAGAAGUCACUUACCCUGAUGGGAGCCCUGCUGACGGGGUCACAAUUCGAAUCAAAGCUGAGUUAACUCCAAAGGAUAACGUUUACACAAGUGAACUGGUAUCCAGAAGUGGCUUAGUGGAGUUUGAAAUCCCCUCUAUUCCUACAGCUGCCCAGUAUGUCUGGCUGGAGACCAAAGUGACAGCAAUUGAUGGGAAACCUGCAGGGGACCAAUAUCUGCCAAACUACUUGUCUAUCAGCAGCUGGUACUCACCUAGCAAGUGCCAUAUCCAGCUCCAAGCACCAGACAAGCCUUUCCAGGUGGGAGAGGAGGCCCAGAUCGCAGUGAAGUCCACGUGUCCAUGUAAUUUCACUCUACAUUACGAAGUUGCAUCGCGAGGUAAUAUUGUCCUUUCAGGGCUGCAGCCUGGUAACAUCACACAGCAAAGGAGCAAAAGAGCCACAUUCCCCUUGGAUAAGAACAUCCAUGUCACUCAUUUCCCAGGAACAGCACCUACCAACCCCCCUGCAACGGAGGUUGAAGUCUGCAUGACCUUCCUCCAUUUCAUGUUGGCUCACAGCAUGGCUCCUCUGGGCCGUCUCUUGGUGUAUUACGUCAGGGAGAAUGGAGAAGGGGUCACAGACAGUCUGCAAUUCACUGUCAAGUCCUCCUUUGAAAACCAGGUUUCAGUGGCACUUUCAGCAAAUGAGACAAGGCCUGGUGAUGUUGUGAACCUCAAAGUUAAAGCCGCGAAGGGAAGCUGUGUCUGCAUUGCUACGGUGGAUAAGAGCGUCUACCUUCUCAAGACAGGUUUUCAGCUGACGUCUGCCCAGGUUUUCCAGGAACUGGCAGAGUAUGAUGUUUCUGAUGCCUUUGGGGCUCCCAAGGAAGAAGGGCAUUUCUGGUGGCCAGGCAUGUCCUCACGCAGACGCCGCCGCUCCUCUGUCUUUCCCUGGCACUGGGAUAUCACCAAAGAUGCCCGCUUUGCAUUUACAGAAACUGGUUUGGUUGUGAUGACUGAUUUAGUGAGUCUAAACCACAGACAGAAUGGAGGCAUGUAUACAGAUGAGGCCGUGCCAGCCUUUCAGCCUCACACUGGGACACUGGUAGCUACCAUGCAUUCUAAGAUUGUACCCAGAACAGAGAAGAAAAAAAGAACAUUCUUCCCUGAAACAUGGAUUUGGCACUGCCUCAAUGUCAGUGAUGUAUCAGGAGAAGCACAGCUGCAUGUGGAAGUGCCUGACUCAAUAACUACAUGGAUAACAGAGGCUGUGGGUCUGUCUGAGAAGAAAGGGCUGGGACUUGCCAAACAAACAGAACUGAAGACAUUUAAACCUUUCUUCAUCGAUUUCACCCUGCCCUAUCAUGUCAUCCGUGGGGAGCAGACCAAAAUCCCGCUGACUGUCUACAAUUAUUUGGCUGUCUGCAUAGAGGUUCAUGUGAAGAUUUCAGUUCCAAAAGGUAUAAAGUUUGUUGGACAUCCUGGGAAACACCAUCUGACAAGAAAGAAGUGUGUGGCCCCUGGAAAGGCCAAACCUACCUCCAUAGUCUUAUCCUUCAGUGAGCUUGGACUAAGCAACAUCACAGCAAAAGCAUUUGCUUAUGGUGGAACAAACUGCUGCCAGGAUGGGAUGCAGAUCCUAAAGAAUGGCAAGCAGUCAGAGGACAUUUACUUGGACAAAAGGACCCCAGUUGGGAUCGACUAUGUCCGUAGUAGUGUUGUUAUUGAGCCAGAGGGAUUAUCCAGAGAAUAUACCUACAGUGUGUUCUUCUGCCCCAAUGAGAAAAUUCACAUUUCUACACCUAACAAAUAUGAGUACCAGUAUAUGCAGAAGCCUGCCCGGAUGACUCAUUUUGACAUUGCAGUGAAAGCGCACAAUGAUGCUCAUUUUGCCUUGUCUUCUGGCCCACAUGACAUGGCAGAGAUGACUGAGAUUGUCAUUGGUGGGCAUCAAAAUGCUAAAACGUGGAUUUCUACUAGUAAAAUGGGUGAGCCAGUUGUCAGCACAGACACAGCUGGCAUCCUUUCUUGGGAUGAAUUCAGGAGCUUCUGGAUCAGCUGGAAAAAUGGAAUUAUUCAGGUUGGCCAUGGUACUCAGAAGCUAAAUGAAUCCAUUAUUGUGGAGUGGGCCAUCCCCAAACAGCCCGAGGUGAAGUACAUUGGCUUCUCCACGGGCUGGGGCUCAAUGGGAGAGUUUAAAAUCUGGAGAAAAGAAGAGACUGAUGAAAAUCACAGUGAAGCAUUUACUCUUGGAGUUCCCCACAAUGUGAUCCCUGGAUCAGAAAGAGCUACUGCCUCAAUAAUAGGCGAUGUAAUGGGCCCUACGCUUAACAACUUGGACAAUCUUCUACGAUUACCAUUUGGAUGUGGAGAGCAGAACAUGAUCCAUUUUGCUCCCAAUGUCUUUGUCCUAAAAUAUCUCCAGAAAACCAAACAACUCAGCCCUGAGGUGGAGAGCGAAGCCACAGAUUACCUGGUGCAAGGUUACCAACGCCAGUUGACCUACAAAAGACAAGAUGGUUCAUACAGUGCUUUUGGCGAGAGGGACUCCUCAGGGAGUAUGUGGCUAACAGCCUUUGUUCUCAAGUCCUUUGCACAGUCUCGUGGGUUUAUUUUCAUCGAUCCCAAGGAAUUAACAGCUGCAAAGGACUGGAUCAUCCAGCACCAGAAGGAAGAUGGCUCAUUCCCUGCUAUGGGUAGAAUAUUAAAUAAGGACAUCCAGGGUGGAAUCAAUGGCAAGAUCUCACUGACAGCAUAUGUGGUUGCAGCUCUGUUGGAGACGGGCAUCACAUUUGAGGGAGAAAAAGCAGCAGUUGCCAAAGCAAAACACUUCUUGGAGUCCAACUUGUAUUCUGCAGAAGACCCCUACACCACAGCCCUGACUGCAUAUGCCCUGACUCUUCUGCACAGUCCAUCUGCUGCAGUGAUGUUGCGGAAAAUGAACAGCAUGGCCAUUAUGCAAGAUGGUUUUACACACUGGAGCUUAAUGGGGACUCUGGUUACUGAUGAAGAUACAUUCAUGGGAUUUAACGAUGGGCUUUCUCAAUCAGUUGUAUCUGCAGAAGUGGAAAUGACAGCCUAUGCACUGCUGACAUACACGCUCCUGGGAGAUGUGGCCUCUGCACUUCCAGUGGUUAAAUGGCUGUCGCAGCAAAGAAAUGCACUUGGAGGAUUCUCAUCCACUCAGGAUACAUGUCUAGCUCUGCAGGCUCUGGCUGAAUAUGCCAUUCUUUCUUAUGUUGGAGGAGUCAACCUUACCAUUUCCCUGGCUUCCACUAAUUUAGACUAUCAAGAGACUUUUGAGCUUAACAAGAUGAAUAAGAAGGUUCUCCAGACUGCAGUGAUCCCCAGCAUUCCCACUGGACUGUUCGUAAGUGCCAAGGGUGAAGGCUGCUGUCUGCUGCAGAUUGAUGUCACUUACAAUGUGCCUGACCCUGUUGCUAAACCAGCUUUCCAGCUUCUGGUUAACCUGAAAGAGCCCAAAUCAGAGUGUCAUCAGCAAACUCAGCACCCCCUACGGCCCCUCUCUCCAGAUGAGAAUCGCUCAGAAGCCUCCCACAGAGAUCGGGCACUGGUGGAUGAUGAUGACCCAGCUUCUGAUCAAGAUCACCAGGAAUACAAAGUGAUCCUGGAGACGUGCACUAGGUGGCUGCAUUCGGGAUCGUCAAACAUGGCUGUCUUGGAGGUGCCCUUGUUCUCAGGUUUCCGAGCAGAUAUUGAGAGCCUGGAGCAGUUAUUAAUGAACAAGCAAACUGGAUUAAAAAGAUACGAAGUUGAUGGAAGAAAAAUCCUUUUUUAUUUUGAUGAGAUUCCUAGCCAGUGCAUGACCUGUGUAAAAUUUCAAGCCUUCAGAGAGUAUAUAGUUGGGAAAACUGCCCCUGUCCCCAUCAAAGUGUAUGAUUACUAUGAGCCAGCUUUUGAAGCGACUCGUUUCUACAAUGUGAGUGAAAACAGCCCCCUGGCUCGGGAGCUCUGUGAUGGGCCAACGUGCAAUGAGGUGGAAAGCUCAGCCAAUCAUUGGGUUGGUUUUGUUCACUCUGGGCCAUGCAACAAUGUUUUUGGCUGUUUAGAAGAUGAGUAUUUUGAGCAGUGCAUGUGCUCCCGGGACUGUGGCUAUGAUGGGGAGCCAGUGUGUGGAUCAGAUGGGAUAAUUUAUCAGAACCAUUGCCAGAUGGAGGUAGCAUCCUGCAGGAAUAAUACAAGGAUAGAGCAGAUCGCUAUGUCUCAAUGUUCUGCCUCCAAGAAUUUGCCAGAAGAAAGAGAAACACAUUUCCAUGCAGUUGAGCUGCCUAGCAUUCAGCAAACUCCUGCAGAGGAAGGCCCUGCGCUCCAGUCAGACCUGUCCUACUACUCUUACGAGUACGACCCUUAUGCUUCUGAAGCUGACAUCUUUGAGGUUGCAGCAGAGCUGACAACAGCAAGCAGCACACUGAGAGAAGUGGACAAGAUUCAGGAAGUGGUGACUACAGUAGAAUGAAAUAAAUAAUUUAAAAUAAAAAGAAGAGGCUCAGAAUCCACUCCUGUACGAGUUUGUUCCUACAGAUGACCUGCUGCAGAACAGAAACCAAAUGAUGACUACUUCCUGAUACCCUCAGAAUUGUAGGCUUUGCCUCCUCAUGGGGGGCAGGAGCUCCAACAGGGUGCUCAGCAUUAUUUUUCUAUCAAUUUUCCUGCCUUUUGUGCAUCACCUUAGGAGUUAUUUCAAGGAUGGGAGACCAGUGUGCUGCCCCAGUGUAGGCGAGGAGAACGGGCUGGAAUUCAAACCCUUAGACCACUUCAAAGUAUGUUACAAGGAUCCUGCAACACCAUUUCCGAGCUACACUGAGUCCAGACCUCUGUGCUCAGCUGAGUUGCUGUUUGAGGAGAGAUGGCUGAGGAGUUUUCUUUAAAAAUAAUAAGAGCCGUGUAUUUUAGCUCAGUAUGCCACAGCAAAGGUUUAACAUCCCCAGCCCACCACCCCCCUGCCACCCACUGCACCAGCGGCAUAUUGCCCUGCAGAAAGGAAAGUUAAUUGUUCAUCAGACUUGAUGGGGGGCAUUCUCCAAAAGAAGUGAAAUCGUCUGUGAACUCCACAGGAGUUAAAAGCCUAACAGUCCAGGACAUGGCCGCAGACUCUGCCUGGGAAGAAUGCCCACAAUAGAGGUGAUUAGGAUCAAGUUGCUGAACUCCAUUCAUGCUGGAAUAAGUACUUCCAAAUGCAGCCUGCAGCUUUCUACCCUUUGCCUUCUGAUUACUCUCUCCUUAUAACUUCAGCAUGAGAAUAAGAGAGACCUACGGCCAUGGUGUUCUCAGUGCUUGCCUGAUUUCACCAGCCAUUUCUACUCUUCUUCCACGAGGAUCCCAGUGCAAUGGAUGUUCUCGAUGUAAAUUUUUGUGCACAGUCUGUAUGGCCCUUGGGCUGCUGGGCAGAUGCAGACCCCUCCUCUUUGCCAUAGAGUUUUGGCUCCUGUCUUCUAAACUGCCCUAAGCAAUGACAGCUGGGAUCUAAGCAAUGCAUUUUGCAGUGAAAUGAAGAGCAAAAGCUGUCAGUUUCCGAAGUGCAGGAGCAGAGACAUUUUGGGUCUCUCUUCCUGCUUUGAAGGAGUUUUGUGCAUCCACCUGUUGCAGAAUAGUCUUAAGUGUUUCCUCUCCCCACUUCCAUCCUCCCCGCAGCACAAAGUGGGGUGUCAAUCCACAUGGAGAGUGUUUGUUCAUUAAAGGAAACAAGAAAAAGCCCAAUUCAGUUCACUUUUAGGGCUUGUGUACAGAGGGAAAUUGGCCAGAAUGGCUACUGUGAAAUAGCUUCCUUUGUGGACACUCUGUUCCAGAAUAAUUUGGGCACUUUGAGUGCACUGAUUAUUCCAGAAUAAAGUGAUUUUAUUUUGGAAUAGUGUCCAUGCAGGGAGCUAUUCCAUAAAAGCUAUUCUGGCCAAUUUCCCCAUGUAAUCAAGCCCUGAAUUCCAUUUUUCAAGUACUGGUUCCAGCCAGAGUGCUGAGCAAGAGAAAGAUUCCUUAGCUGUGGUGGCUCCUAAAUUGCCGGUGUCAGUCUCUUAGGCUAAGGUUGAGUAGUUGCUCCAGCCUUCCCAAAUAUAUGUGAUAUGAUGGAAGACCUGAGCUUACAGCUCAGUUCCUGAAAUGCCCAUAAGUUCCAGACUAUCUCUGCUGACUAGUUUUCAAAUCCCUCCUUCCCCUGCUGAUCUGAACUCUUUUCUCUCAGGAUCCUAACAUGACCUGCGUGUGUGUAUGUCCUGCUUCUCAAUAGAGAUUUUAAUGUGUGUGAAUGGACCACAUCCUAACUCUGCCCCACAGCACAGCAGAAGCGCCAGCUGCUCUAUUCCUGCCUAGCAGGUAAACAAAUGCCUUCAGACUAAAUUCCAUCUCUGUGUUGGCACUGCCUGCAGCAAGCAAUUGGCCUGGCAAGCACUGGCUAUUGUGUACACAUGGCAGCAUAAGUCAAUAUUUAUUCCCUGAGUUAAUAACAAGCCUAGUGCAAGCUACAGUGAGAGGCAUUUUCUUUUUUUAAAAACAUCAGGACUCCACAAUACAACCCUGCUGUUUGCUGGCACCAGCCUCAACUCUCAGUAAGGCCUGAAGGCUUGAAGAGUGGGACAUGAACUGUCACCUUAAUAACAUGGCUGUGAUCCAGCUUCUUGGCCCUCCACCCCUUGUGCUUGGGCAAGUCUCCAUGUGACUGGGGCCAGGCUCCUUGGCCUCCUGUAGCUGGGAGCUCUGAUCCUCAUGCCUGGCUGCAAGGUCCCCAGCCUUUUUCUCUCUCCCUUUGCUUCCUGACUUGUUGGUGUCAUUGUCUCAUUAGAUUAAGUGUUUUAUGUAUUUUUUGUUUGUUUGUUUUAGUUGAUUAAUUAUAAUUAUAUGCUGAUUAAUCCCAAACCACAUGCACCUUCUUUAGGCAGGCAGAGCUGGUGUGGACCCAGCACACAAGAGGGUAGAGAUGGAUGAAUUCCCCCAAGCUUUGGCCAAAUACAGAGCAAGCUCCCAUCACUUCCCUGGUUCUGCUAACUGUAAAGUAGCAGUUUAGUAUUCAAAAAAGCCUCUCUGCUAUUACCCAGAGCAGGAGGGUGGGAUCUGCUGGCACUGCCCUUACCCACUGCCCAUUACUACUAUGCCCAUCACUAGAGGAGCUCUGGGUGUGGCCAGCACCUUGACCGUCAUCCAGCAGGAAAGUGAACACUAUCUCAGUUUUAUCACUGGAGGAACAAGCACAAAGAGGUUGAGACUCCUUGAAAGUUUGUGGCAGAGCUGGGAUUAAAAUUCAGGUCUCUUGCUUGCACGUUCCCUUCUCUAACUAGCAGCCAGGGCUGCUUCCUGUAUUCCAGUUAUUGUGCUAGGAUUCACCAUUCCCUGGUACCCUUAAGGCUAGAGAGCUCUUCUAGGUUAGUAGCGACCCUAUGCAUCGUCUUCUGUCCAGAACACUUCUUGUGUCCUUGGCACCUGCCAUCCGUUUGCUUUUUCCACCCCAAGGGUAGAACUUCCUUUGAUCCUGAGGACAUGCUGGCAAGGCUGUAAUCUAUCUCCCCCACAGCCAACUUCUUGCGGCAGUUAAACAGGCUGUUUAUUUAAGGAACCAAGGAAAGAAACAUACAAAUACAGAAAAGCAGCUGCUACUUCUACACCCCACCCCACCCCACCCCCCCAGCAAUGAUGAGGCAGGAAGGCCUUAUACUCACAGGUAGGUGCUGCUGGGAGUAAUUUUAUGAUUGGAGUCCAUGUUUGCCCCAGUUGAAGGCCCAGCUAUUGUGCACACUUGCAUUCUCCAUUUCCCAGACUCACUGUCCCCAUUUUCUGUUAUCCUAAUACUCUUAUCAAGGCAAAUUAAAUUCUUGUCUUUCCCUCCCUCAUCAAAGAGUGUUCCAGUACAUGUUCCAUCUGGGAAUAUGUCUCCUGUAAGCCACCAAGCCCAGGGUAGGGGCUUCACACUCUUCAUUCACAGGCUUAUACCCAGUGUCGACUCCGUGGCUUCUCGGUCACACACCUGUCUCUGAGAGGGCUAAGAGGACAGAGCACUGAGGGUCCACACCAUCUGCAUUGUCAGGAUCAA